GGAUUUACUGUACAGAAUACCCGGAUAUGCAUUUAAGUGCUGGCAACAAAAAAAAAAACCAAAACAAAACAAAACAAAAAAAACACGAACAAAAUAACUUAAAAAAAUUAAAUAAAAAAUAAAACAAGAAGUGGCUUGUCUAUACUCAGACCUGGUUCUUGUAGCUAUCGUCUACUAGUACGUAUGUGCUGUUUGUCUGUCAGUGCAACGAAAAGGAUAUCUACUGUGGCUCUCGAGAUUGCUGAUCUACCAUUUUUGUUUCCAUUAACUUUUUGUAACAUUUUAAAAUAUAUAUUCGACAAUUUAAUUUUCAAAUUCGUGGUCAGGAACGGACACGGGCAUAUGGACAUUUAAAGCCCCGGUUUUUAUAAACUAUAUUGUGUGUUUUUAGUUAUUGUUUUUGCAUGACGGAAAAUACAGCGUUGUGGAAGUUUUCUGUUUUAGUACUUUUAGUAUUUAAUAUAGCUCUUUAUCGUUAUUCGGUUUAAAAUCAUGAAGAAUUAUAUGUAUCUCGUUUUUCUCAUACUAAUAUUAUCUUGGUCGGUCGGUACUUUCUUAGCAAUUCAAUCACUUGGCUUGCCACUUGUUUAAAAAAUACAAUAUUUAAAUUAUUCGUGUAGUUAAGUGUUGUAGCUGUUUACACAACACUUCCCGUUACAAUAUAUUUUUAUAUUCAUACUUUGCAAUAUUGUCUAAGUCACAAUGCGUGUUGCUUUGAGUUCUGUACAGUUUCAAAGUGUUUAGAUAAUUAUACAUGUAUGCUUAAUAACUUGUGCAGAACGUUUUUUUAAAAAAAAUAUUAACAUGGUGGAAUCAGGCAUGGAAUUUAAGGCAGCUAUCAACAUUAUUGAUUCUUAAUUGUAUCUGUAUGUUUGCAAGCCGUAUUAAACGUCCUGUAGUUUUUGUGCACUGUGGUGUCGUGCAACACAGUCAUGGAUAGUCUGGUGGAUUUCGAGGAGUGCAUUAAGGAUUCUCCCAGAUUCAGGAGGAGUCUGGGUGAGUCUGAGAGCGAGGUGACUGAACUGGAGAACAGACUGGACAAGCUGGUGAAACUUUGCAACCGGAUGGUGGAAACUGGACAGGCGUACAACGAAGCCAAUCAGCUGUUUUUGGGCGGGGUUGUGGAGUUUUCCCAAUACCAUAGAAAAGACAGCACAGUUACGACCUGCCUGACGCACUUCACACAGGGGCUGCAGGAGAUGAUCCAUUUCCACAUGAUGCUGUUUGACCAGGCUCAGAGAUCAGUGACUCAGCAGCUCCAGACCCUGCUCACACACUCAAUCCCCCAGCUGAGGGAGUCACGGAAGGAGUUCUCCCGGAUCACUGAGGAUUUGGAGCAGGCUGCAGCGAAGAGCGCCCAGGCCUCUCGACACAAGGCCCAGGACGCUGAGAAAGCCAGUCACCUGCUACUUGCCACCCGGAAGUGCUUCCAGCACAUUGCCCUGGACUACAGUCUGCAGUUGAAUCAGUUUAAGAUGCAGCAGAAGGUGGAUAUUUUGAAUUCGAUCUUCUCCUAUUUCCAUGCCCAAUACACAUUUUUCCAUCAAGGCUAUGACCUUCUCAAGGACCUCGACCCUGCUAUGAAGAAGAUGGCGAUUCGGUUAGCUCAGCUGUCCACUGACUGCACUGAAAAAAGAAAGCAGCUGGAGCACACACACCUCCUAGUUCAGCAGAGGGACACCUCUGAAGACAGCGUGGUGACAUUAAGCCCUCUGAACGGGGUCACGAUCCAGGGCUAUCUGUUUAAGCGUUCCAAGAGGAAAAUAAAGAACUGGAACAGGCGGUGGUUUUCCAUACAAAACAACCAGCUGGUUUAUAUGAAAUCACAUAAGGAAGAACCUAUUGUUUUGGUGGAUGAUCUGAGACUGUGCGCAGUGAAAGCCCUGGACACCAUUGAGAGACGGUUUUGUUUUGAAGUUGUGUCGGUGCAAAUGAGCUGUGCACUGCAGGCAGACUCGGAGGGGCUGAGACAGGCCUGGAUCACCGCAGUGCAGGGUAGCAUCGACCUGGCCUACCGCCAGAAAACAGAGCCGGCACACACACUGGCCGUGUCGAGCCUGCCCUCCCCACAGACCCCUCCUCUGAGGCAGGACCAGGCCCCUCACAGGCCUGCCGUCUUGGGGCUGGUGCAGCAGGGGGCUGGGAACCAGCAGUGCUGUGACUGCAGCCAGGCGGAGCCUCGCUGGGCUAGCAUCAACCUGGGCAUCACCCUCUGCAUCGAGUGCUCAGGGAUUCACAGGAGCCUGGGAGUUCAUCUGUCAAAGGUCCGAUCACUGACUCUGGAUUCCUGGGAGCCUGAACAGCUGAAGUUAGUCUGUGGUUUGGGGAACGAUGCUAUCAACCAGAUCUUUGAAGCCUGCUGUGAAGAAGGGAUGGGCAAAGUGACAGCCAGCAGCUCAAGACAGGAGAAGGAGUCCUGGAUUAAAGCAAAAUAUGUUGAGAAGAGAUUUGUCAAGAAGAUUGCUUCUUCACAUUCAGACUCCAGCUUAUCAGGUGCCCAGACAGGCCACAGUGCCGGGGGUCUGGGGCUGCAGCUGUACCAGGCCUCUCGAGAGGGAGACCUGGUCACCAUGGCAACUGCACUGGCUCAGGGAGCAGGCGUGAACUGGACCAACCCUGAGGAGGAGGGGAGAACACCACUGAUCAACGCAGCCUGUGGGGGCUCGCUCGUGGCUUGCGAGUUCCUGUUGCAGAAUGGAGCCAAUGUGAAUCACAGAGACCACCGGGGUCAAGGGGCUCUGCACACCGCCACCUACUGGGGGCACACUGGGCAGGUGUGUUUGUUUCUAAAGAGAGGAGCCAAUCAGUAUGCAGUAGAUGAGAGAGGGAAGGACCCACUCAGCAUCGCCAUGGAAACGGCCCACGCAGACAUUGUAACACUGCUGCGCAUGGCUCGGAUGAAUGAGGAGAUGAGGGAUUCAGAGGGCUUCUUCGGGCCGAUGGGUGAUGAUGAAACCUUCCAAGACAUAUUCCGUGAUUUCACCCACAUGGCAUCCAAUGACCCGGAGAAACUGUCUCGACGCCAGUUUGAGAGGGAGAAAGAAAAGCGGGAUGAAAGUGAGGGAAGUGAGAAUGAGGGAGGGGUUGGGAAGGCAGAGAGUGGAGGGGAAGUGGGGGGAGGGAGGUGACACAGAACUGGAGCUGAAAUGUGAAUGUCUAAAAAAAAACCAACAGGGCAGGAAACUACAUUAACAGUGACACAAGGGGAAGUUUACCAAACCAACAAAGCUGGUGAAGAGAUAUUGUGUUGGUACUUUACCAGCAUUAACAUUUUAAAAGUUUUUUAAUGUUGUUACUAACGAAUAUAAUUUAAUACAUGAAGCUACAGGUCUGGAGUCUGCCAUGUUUCCAGCUGCAUAUUGAAACCAGUCUGUUCCAAUAUUAAACUGGAGCUACAACCAGACAUUUCAUGUGGUUUGAGAUGCUCAUUAGGGAGUUGGAUUUUUUCCAGUCCACAAACCUAACGGGCUGAACAGAAACAGGAAAAAUAGGAACGUGCGAUUGUGACGGCAUCAUGAAGAGGCUUGUUAUGAAGAGGGGUCAAAAAAUAAUGUAGGGUGAAAUUUUAAUGGAUUUAACAGGGACAAAAAAGCCAUGUAAUAAACUCAAAUUAAAAAAAAGGUUUGUUGUCUGCUUGAUUUGAUCUAGUACCGUAAAUAUUCAUGACUUUAAAAUAAAGGUAUUUUAAUAUCAA